UUUAUUAACGAACACUAGCAGAUACAAAAACCUUGGAGGAAAUUUCAGUAACUCAAAGUUUAAAACACCACCUAACCCCUCCAAACCGAAGGCGUGUACUUUCUGUAAUGGAUCUUACAAACCGAACGACUGUACGGUAGUAAGUGAUCCUGCUGCACGAAAACAAAUUGCGUUUCAGGCGAACUUGUGUUUCAACUGCCUUAAUAACCAUCGCGUGUCACAGUGCAAAUCCAAAAACCGCUGCAGACAAUGUCACCAGAAACACCAUACAAGCCUUUGUGUAGGGAAUAAGGAGCGCCCAGAACAACAAAAACCUGAUCCAAACGCGCGUCAAAACAUCAAAGACAAGGACAGAAACGUGCAAUGUAUGUGUACCAACGGCGGCGACGUAGCUCAAACAACCAACACAAGCGAACAAACAUCUGGUAACAACACCUCAUCAGCAUCC